CAUGUAGUUGCAGAGAAGAGAGAGAGUAACAGAAGCGUCCAGAAGAAGAAGAACAAAGAUCAACGAAAGUGUUGUUGCUUCCAGCACAAGCGUCGUCACUUUUUCUCUCUAGAACAACACACUUUCUCUCACUAUAUAUAUAUAUAUUAUAUAUUGUAUUUCUCUUGAACUUGCUUUCUCCAUUAAAGCAUUCACGCCCAUUUCCACGAGAAAUCUGUAUUUCGGUUCCUCUCACGGAAAAGCACCGCAAAAAGCUCAAUCUCUCUCUCCUAUAUAAACCCACCCUAUAUUAAUCUCAAUUUCCAAUUACACUUGUAUUGGAUGAUACACUGAUGAUGAAGAAGGUGUUCAGAGACAGAGCAAUGUCAAUGUGGCUAUUAGGUUUGAUUCAUUUGCUCUCUCUUCUCCAUUGUAGUUUAUUCACAUUCGCUAUAUUGGACCCUCUCGAUUUCUUGGCAUUGCAAUCCAUUAAAAAAGCCCUAGACGACUUGCCUGGCUCCAACUACCUCUCGUCGUGGGACUUCACGUCCGACCCCUGUAACUUCGCCGGAGUCUAUUGCGACGGCGACAAGGUGAUCGCGUUGAAUCUCGGUGAUCCGAGGGCCGGUGCUCCUGGUCUGACAGGCAGGCUCGAUCCCGCCAUCGGUAAACUCUCCGCUCUCGCCGAAUUCACCGUCGUACCAGGUCGCAUCUUCGGUGCUCUGCCCUCGACUUUCUCUCAACUGAAAAACCUCCGGUUUCUAGCCGUAAGCCGGAAUUUUAUCUCCGGCGAUAUUCCGGCAACUCUAGGUGAGCUUCGGGGACUGCAAACUCUCGACCUCAGCUACAAUCAGUUCACCGGAAGUAUUCCGUGGUCGAUCGGAAGUAUGCCUGCGUUGUCCAACGUCAUUCUCUGUCACAAUCGUCUCUCCGGUUCCGUCCCUCUGUUUGUGUCCAAAACCUUAACCCGGCUCGACCUCAAGCACAACGAUCUCUCCGGUGCUUUCUCGCCGACUUCACUCCCUCCUUCGCUUCAAUACCUUUCUCUCUCCUGGAACCGGUUCAGUGGUCCAGUGGACCGGCUCCUAACCCGGCUCAACCGGUUGAACUACCUAGACCUAAGCUUGAAUCGGUUCACCGGCAAAAUUCCGAACAGCGUGUUCUCCUUUCCGAUCACAAACCUUCAGUUACAGAGAAAUUUGUUUUCCGGUCUGGUGGAACCGGCUGAUCAGGUGACGAUCACAACCGUUGAUCUAAGCUACAACAGGCUGUCCGGUCAAAUAUCGCCAAAGUUGUCGACCGUACAUAAUCUUUACCUGAAUAGUAACCGGUUCACGGGUCAGGUACCGGGAAGUUUCGUGGACCGGUUAUUGGACGCUAAUAUACAGACUCUAUAUCUACAGCAUAACUUUCUUACGGGGAUCGAGAUCAAUCCGGCGGCUGAGAUUCCUCCAAGCAGUUCGUUGUGUUUACAGUACAAUUGCUUGGUCCCACCAAUACAGACUGCGUGUCCACUGAGGGAUGGAAACCAGAAGACAAGGCCUACUUCGCAGUGCAUGAAAUGGAAGGGGUAAAAUGGGAAAUUCAUGCUACAUCAAGGGCACCAUACGAAGCAAAAAGAUAAAUAUGGUGGAGGGUUUUUUUGUCUGAGGUUCUUGGAUUCAUUUAUUUAUUUUUUAGUGAUAAUGUGUAAAAGUCACAAAUGAAAUGAUUGUUGGUGCAUAUUUUGAUGUGUAAUGAAGUAAUUUUUGGGUGGUUUA